AUGGCAACCCAAUUUGGUUCUCCUCUUGCUGACCAAGUUAGCCAUGCCUUGAGGUGGCCUAUACGCAGACGGGUACCAAGGAAAGGGUCAAGGGGUCAUUUCUCUAUUUACCAGCUAGGCGAGACACAUAUUGAACCUUCACUGAAGCUGGCAAAGUUGGAUUACAAUAUAGGGCAAACGAUGCAUCAAAAAGACAUGAGCAGCGUCACAAAGUGGUGGAGAGAUCUGGACUUCACAGCAAAACGACCUUUCGCUCGAGACAAAGUGAUCGAAAGCUCUCUCUGGGCAUUAGGAACGUUUUCUGAGCCACAACAUAUUUUUGCCAGAAAAGUAUUGUCUAAAGCUGUUACUAUGUUGUCUGUUAUGGAUGAUAUCUAUAUGUGCAUAGUACAAUUGAAGAACUUGAGCUUUUCACCGAAGUGGGAUAUUAGCAUGAAAGAUGAACUUCCGGAUUACGUGAAGGUGUAUUUUGAAGCUUUUUUAGAUUUCUAUGCUGAAAUAGAGGCAAUAACUGUUGAGGCAGCGAAGAAGCAAGUGAGAGCCUAUGUCACUGAAGCAAGGUGGUUCAAUAGUGAUUAUGUGCCAACACUAGAAGAAUAUCGUUCUGCUGCUGUGACCAGCACUGGUUACCCUAUCUUGGUAUCCUUAUCCUUCUGUGGGAUGGGGGAAGUGGCAUCAAAAGAGGCCUUUGAUUGGCUUUCCACUGAACCUAAACUUCUAUAUGCUGCAUCAGGUCUUUCCAGGCUCAUAGAUGACCUCAGGUCCCAUGAGAAGGAGCUUUUGGAUUAUGGUUUAUAUAGAUGGAAAGUGACAUAUACUUGUUGGAAUCUUGCAAUACAGGAAGGAGAACGGUUGACCGGUUUUGUGGCCAAUUUUGCGAGAGGUUUGGUGGAAGAAGCUGAAUUGAAGGCUCUGUACGAGGGUAUUAAGAUGGCACAGGGGAUGGGUUUUAGGAGGGUUGUUGUUGAAAGUGGCAAUAAGAAUGUUGUUAAAGUUGUGAAUUCUAGUAAAGGUUUUUCAGCAUGGGAGAUGGGUUUUAGGAGGAUUGUUGUUGAAAGUGGCAAUAAGAAUGUUGUUAAAGCUGUGAAUUCUUGUAAAGGCUAUUUAGUUGCGUUGCAGUUCGACUUUGAUGAUGGCCAGGAAGCUAAUAAAGAAAAAGUAGGAAGUUUUUGGAAAAUAUUCUUAGGGAAGCCAGCUUCGUGA